GAACUAAACUUCACAUUAGACUCAGACCAGACACACUCCCCAAGUCCACGUGUGUGGUUCGUUGAAACAAUACUCGGAAAUUAGUUUUAUUUUAGCCAAAUUCAGAAUUAUUAGUCAGUAUUUCCAAACAUUAUCCAAACAAUCGUUCCACUUCGAAAUUUGAAAAAUGUGUUCUCGCGAUCCGGCCACCAAUCAGCUAAUCGACUUCAAGAACAAUGACUCCGAGGCGCAGAAGGAGUGCACCACCUCCAGCGGCACUCCGAUUGGCGUGAAGGACGCCAUCAUGACGGUGGGACCCAGAGGCCCGGCUCUGCUGCAGGACUUUCACUUUCUGGACGAGAUGAGCUCCUUCGAUAGGGAGCGCAUCCCCGAACGCGUGGCCUACGCCAAGGGAGCCGGGGCCUUUGGCUACUUCGAGUGCACCCACGACAUAACCAAGUUCUGCGCUGCAUCCAUCUUCGAGAAGGUGAAGAAGCGCACCGCCAUCGCCAUGAGGUUCUCGGUGGCGUGUGGGGAGAACGGAUCAGCAGACACGGUUCGAGAGCAGCGGGGAUUCUCUCUCAAGUUCUACACCGAUGACGGCAUCUGGGACGUCGUUGGCUGCAACAUGCCAGUGUACUAUGUGAGGGACCCCGCUCUGUUUCCCAGCCUGAUCCAUGCCCAGAAGCGCAAUCCCCAGACCCAUCUGAAGGAUCCGGACAUGUUCUGGGACUUUAUGACCCUUCGUCCGGAGACCCUGCAUGCCCUGGUGAUGUACUUCAGCGACCGGGGCACCCCCGAUGGCUACCGGCACAUGCACGGCUACGGAGUGCACACCUACCGGAUGGUCAACCCCAGUGGCGAGACGCAGUACGUCAAGUUCCACUUUAAGACCGAUCAGGGCAUCAAGAACCUCGACAGUCGGCGGUGCGAGGAGCUCAUGUCCCACGAUCCAGACUACUCCAUCAGGGACCUGUACAACGCCAUCAAGAAGGGCAACUAUCCCAGCUGGAGCAUGUACAUUCAGGUAAUGCUCAACGAGGAGGCCAAGAAGUGCCGCUUCAAUCCCUUCGAUGCCACCAAGGUCUGGCCCCAGAAGGACUACCCGUUGAUACCAGUCGGCAAGAUCAUCCUCGAUCGUAAUCCCACUAACUACUUCACGGAGAUCGAGCAACUGGCCUUCAGCCCGGCCCACAUGGUGCCGGGGGUCGAGGCCUCGCCGGACAAGAUGCUCCAGGGAAGACUCUUCGCCUACGGCGACACCCAGCGCCACCGCCUGGGCGCCAACUACAUGCAGAUACCCGUGAACUGUCCCUAUAGGGUCAACGUAAGGAACUUCCAGCGGGACGGCCCCAUGACGGUGACGGACAACCAGAACGGGGCGCCCAACUACUUCCCCAACUCGUUCUGCGGCCCCAAGGAGAGUCCCCGCGCCCUGGCCCUGCAGACCUGCUGCCCCCUGACCGGCGAUGUCUACCGCUUCAUGAGCGGCGACACCGAGGACAACUUUAGCCAGGUGACCGAUUUCUGGACAUACACCCUGGACAACUGCGGCCGGAAGCGUCUCAUCCGCAACCUGUCCGAGCACCUCACCGAGGCGAGCCAGUUCCUCCAGGAGCGGGCCGUCAAGCUCUUCACCAUGGUUCACUCUGACUUCGGGCGCCUGAUGACCGAGGCCCUGAACACGGCCAGGAUUUCCAAGUUUUAGCUGCCUUGGCAGUUUCUUUUGUUCUUUGGUGUGUCUUCCAAAUCAUAUUAAAUGUUAGACACUUUUCA